GGGUGUGGGGUGUCCGCAGGGUUGGGUGGUCUCUGAGGUGCCUCAGUCGGUAGGUGGGGGGUGUCAGCGAGGUGUAUCGGUGGGUGUGAGGUGUCGGUCGGUCGGUGUGCGGAUCCCGCGGGUGACAUCAGCGGCGCCUCUAUAGGUGACAGCCGUAUAGGUGACAUCAGGCCCCGCCCCUGCUCUCCCACUUCCGGGGCUGCCGGAGCCGCAUCUUCCCGCUGUCACCAUGAGCCACCGGGAAGAGAAGGAGGAAGAGGACCGGGAGCUGAGGAUCCUCGCCGGCCUGAAAGAGACGGCGAUUGAGCAAUUUGAAGAACUUAAAACAGAAAAUGACAAAACAAAAAAUGAGUUUGACAAGGUUAAACAGGAGCGAGAUGAAGCCCUCAGAAAGCUGGAUGAAUUCAAUAAAAUCUCUCACAUGGUUAUUGAGGAGGUCAACGUCAUACAGAGCAGUCUGGAGAUUGAAAAGACCUGCAGAGAGAGUGCCGAGGCCCUGGCAUCCAAGUUAAACAAGGAGAACAAGAACCUGAAGAGGAUUAGCAUGCUGUACAUGGCCAAGCUGGGGCCGGAAGUCAUCACCGAAGAGAUAAACCUGGACGAAGAAGACCCAUCUUCUGAAGGAGGCAGCUGCACCUCUCUGGACUGUCAGCAGAAACUAAAAGAACUUCAGGAGCGAAUUCUUUCUGUGCAGGAAGAGAAGAAGACAGUAGCCAUAGAGCUGGAGGAUUUACGCUCCAAGAUGGUGGAUCUCAUAGAAGAGGUAAAUGUCACAAAAAAAGAGAAUGUUGCUCUGAAUAAAGAAGUGUUUGACCAGAAAAAACUCCUGGAAAAGUACAACCGAGUCUCUGUUCUGGCAGUAGAAGAAUAUGAAGAACUUCAGACCAAUUUAGAGAUGGAGAAGGAUCUCCGCGUAAAAGCAGAGUCUCUGGCCCAGGAGAUGUAUAUCGAGCAGAAUAAAAUGAAGAGACAAAGCUGCCUCCUGCUGCAGAGCAUCUCACCCGACGAGCAAUUAUUAAAAGCUCUAGAUGAGAAUGCGCGGUUAACUCACCUACUGGAAGAGGCGGAGAUCCAGCAUCAGCUGAAGGUGAAAGAAUUGGAGGAUCAGCUACAGGAGGCUAAACUGAGGAAAGAGAUUCAGAGCCUGAAGAAACAACUGGAAAUCUUAGAAGAAGAGAAGAAGGAUCUGGAGAGCAGGUUACAGAGCUCGGAAUCUACAGUGAAAGACUUGAAACACUCAGUGGAAGAACUUCAGAAGCGAGUACAUCAGGCGGAGAAAGCAGCUCUUCCCCCUCCGCCACCACCUCCACCUCCUCUGCCGCCGCCACCACCACCGCCGCCAAACCCCAUCCGGUCUCUCAUGUCUAUCAUCCGGAAGAAGCCUUCAGUGACGCCCACGGCGGCAGUAAAGCAGGAGAGUGCGCCAACGACGGGCAGCGAAGAGAAAGCGGGGGACCUGAAGAGGCAGGCUGUGGAGGAGAUGAUGGACCGAAUCAAGAAGGGUGUCGCCCUGCGGCCGGUACAACAAGCAGGCCGGGCCAAGCCAAAGCCUCAGGUUAUACAUCCAGAGCAGGGGCCCCCAGCUGCCCCACCGGCGCCAACUGCCGCAAAUGUGGAAGAAACCAAAUCAAACAGCGCUGUCCAGGAGCUGCGGGGGAUCCUGGAUUCUAUGGGCACCACCCCCAGCAGGAAGAGACUCGGGGCCAUGGCCGCAGCCUCCACAGAAAGUGAACUGGAAAGAAUUUUACGACGCCGUAAAGUGACGACUGAGCAAGACGCAUCCGCUGGGACCCUAAGUGCCCUUGAAUCCAGAUCUAUGCCCGUCCUGGGUUCUGCAACCAGUUCAGCUAUCAGUCAGAAACCUCGUGAUGCUGAGUUCAGGACAGAGAGUACGACUGGAGGAAGCGGGGAAGGGGGGCAGCUGCUUCUCCCAGACAAGCGGCUCCACACAAAGGUCUCAUCACACUCUGCGGAGACUCUGGGAUAUGCAGGAGAUGGAAAGAAAGCGGACGAGACACAAAGUUCCUUGAGCCUUCAUCCCCCAGAAGAAGGCGACUCCGGCACAGGCAAGAUGGUGGACCCCACCGGUAAAAAAGGAAAGGACGCGGAUAGCUCGCACUGCUAAUAAGAAAUGGACAGUGGCCUCCGCUCACACUCUGUGGCCUCCACCGUGACGUCACCGUCUCAAGCCUCUUGUCCUGCAACCAGUGAUGACCUCACAAGCACAAUACACAGUGCAGCCGUGCAUGCUGCACCCCCACCCAGUGCCACCGCCACCACUGUAUGCGGCCGGUCCCCAGUGGACAGGCGUUGGGGUUUGUAUGGGCUGUGUGUUUUAGGAGUGUGUGACCUCCACUUCUCACUCAUGUCAGUGCAGUUAUUUUUUUUUGACUUUACAAUCUCGAUAUCGGCGUCAACUUCACAAAACCGGUGGCGCUGAGGAUCGAUUUUUUUUUUUUUUUUUAUAUAUACAUCAAAUCCGUAUGAAGGAAAAUACAGGGUAUUUAUAAUGCCCCCCAAUGUCCCUGGUUGUUUUCUUUUUGUUUUGUAUUUUUUUGUAAUUUUCAACAGGAGCCAUAACUGGGGAGUUUUUAUUGGUCUGGUGAUUUUAAAAAAAAAAAUGUUUUUUUAACAAAUGAUCUAUAAACCCUGUACAUGGGAAGCUGCAGUCUUGGCCAUUACCUGCAAGGAAGAGAAGCUUAGUGUCAGGCUGCAUCCUUUAGAGCCAGGAUCUUCAACCUG